GCAAGGUGAUCAUCAUCGUUCUCUAAUCACUAAUUUUUUUCCUGUGCUACCUACAUCUUACAUUCUUUUGGGUGAAUUUAUCUAAGGCUUAACAUGAAGCAGCUGGUGAUAUUUAACACCAAUUUCAAUUUUUGUGCCAACAGGUGAAGCAAAAAAUUUAUUGCCAUAUCUUGGACCCAACAAAAUGAGAGAUUGUUUCUGCACCAUAAAUUUGGAUCAGGAAGAAGUUUAUCGGACCCAAGUUGUUGAAAAAUCUUUAAGCCCAUUUUUCAGUGAAGACUUUUACUUUGAGAUUCCAAGAACUUUCCAGUAUUUGUCUUUUUAUGUUUAUGAUAAGAAUGUUUUACAAAGAGACCUUCGUAUAGGAAAAGUAGCCAUCAAAAAAGAAGACUUGUGUAACCACAGUGGUAAAGAAACUUGGUUUUCACUACAGCCUGUUGACUCCAAUUCAGAGGUUCAGGGUAAAGUUCACCUUGAAUUAAAACUGAAUGAACUGAUAACAGAGAAUGGAACUGUGUGCCAGCAGCUUGUUGUACACAUCAAGGCAUGCCAUGGGUUGCCUCUCAUAAAUGGACAAAGCUGUGACCCGUAUGCAACAGUUUCUCUGGUGGGCCCUUCUAGGAAUGACCAAAAGAAGACUAAAGUAAAGAAGAAAACAAGCAAUCCGCAGUUCAAUGAAAUCUUUUAUUUUGAGGUAACCAGAUCCAGUAGUUACACCAGAAAGUCCCAGUUCCAGGUAGAAGAAGAGGACAUUGAAAAGCUAGAAAUUAGGAUUGACUUGUGGAACAAUGGAAACCUGGUCCAAGAUAUUUUCCUAGGUGAGAUUAAGGUUCCUGUGAACGUGUUAAGAAAUGAUACCUCUCAUCAAGCCUGGUACUUGCUACAACCAAGAGACAAUGGAAACAAGUCAUCUAAAACUGAUGAUCUGGGGUCUCUUCGAUUAAAUAUAUGUUAUACAGAAGAUUAUGUGCUUCCUUCAGAGUAUUAUGGUCCUUUGAAAACCUUGCUGCUAAAAUCACCAGAUGUUCAGCCUAUAUCUGCCUCAGCUGCUUACAUUUUGGGUGAAAUAUGUCGAGAUAAAAAUGAUGCUGUUUUGCCCCUUGUACGACUGCUGCUGCACCAUGAUAAACUUGUUCCUUUUGCCACUGCAGUGGCUGAAUUAGACUUGAAGGAUACACAAGAUGCAAACACAAUUUUUAGAGGGAAUUCCUUGGCUACCCGAUGUCUAGAUGAGAUGAUGAAAAUAGUGGGAGGGCACUACCUGAAAGUAACGUUAAAACCUAUUCUGGACGAGAUAUGUGAAUCCUCAAAAUCCUGUGAAAUUGAUCCUAUUAAAUUGAAAGAGGGAGAUAAUGUAGAAAAUAAUAAAGAAAAUCUGCGCUACUAUGUAGACAAGUUAUUCAGUACAAUUGUAAAGUCAAGUAUGAGCUGCCCCACUGUAAUGUGUGAUAUCUUUUACUCUCUAAGGCAAAUGGCUACCCAAAGAUUUCCUAAUGACCCUCAUGUUCAGUAUUCUGCAGUGAGCAGCUUUGUAUUUCUUCGUUUCUUUGCUGUAGCCGUAGUAUCACCUCAUACUUUUCAUUUGCGACCUCAUCAUCCAGAUGCACCGACAAUUAGAACAUUAACUCUCAUCUCAAAAACCAUUCAGACUUUGGGAAGCUGGGGGAGUUUGUCCAAAAGCAAGUCAAGUUUCAAAGAGACAUUCAUGUGUGAAUUUUUCAAAAUGUUUCAAGAAGAAGGAUAUAUUCUAGCAGUUAAAAAGUUCUUGGAUGAAAUUUCAUCUACUGAAACUAAAGAGUCCAGUGGUACAAGUGAGCCUGUGCACCUAAAAGAAGGUGAGAUGUAUAAAAGAGCUCAGGGAAGAACUCGGAUUGGAAAAAAGAAUUUCAAGAAACGGUGGUUCUGCUUAACAAGCAGAGAGCUUACCUACCACAAACAGCCAGGUAGCAAAGAUGCAAUUUACACAAUUCCAGUGAAAAACAUUCUUGCUGUAGAAAAACUGGAAGAUAGCUCUUUCAACAAGAAAAAUAUGUUCCAAGUAAUACAUACGGAGAAACCACUCUAUGUCCAGGCAAAUAAUUGUGUAGAAGCUAAUGAAUGGAUAGACAUACUCUGCAGGGUGAGCCGAUGCAAUCAGAACAGGCUCAGCUCUUAUCAUCCCUCUGCAUAUCUUAAUGGCAGCUGGCUCUGCUGUCAGGAAACCAGUGAAAACGCUCUCGGCUGCAAGCCAUGUACUGCAGGUGUCCCUGCAGACAUACAAAUAGAUAUUGAUGAAGACCGAGAAACAGAAAGAAUUUAUUCCCUUUUUACCCUCAGUUUACCUAAGCUACAGAAAAUGGAAGAGGCUUGUGGAACCAUAGCAGUGUAUCAGGGACCACAGAAAGAGCCUGACGAUUAUUCUAACUUUGUCAUCGAGGAUUCUGUAACAACCUUUAAGACAAUUCAGCAAAUAAAAAGCAUCAUAGAGAAGCUAGAUGAACCUCAUGAAAACUAUAGGAAGAAAAGAUCAAGUAGUGCAAAAUACGGAAGCAAGGAAAAUCCAAUUGUUGGGAAAACAUCUUAGAGCUUGACCAAUUGAUUCAGAAGAACUGGAAAUAUUAUUUUUGUUGGAAUUUUUCCAUUCAUCCUGUGUUCAUAGUAUUUAAGAAUGAAUGUUGGCUUCAGUGUCACCUGCAUUCACUUUGUAUUUAAUAUUUAAUAAUUGGAAUUAACUGGUUGGGAAUCCUUGUAUUGAUAUAUUGCUAGAGAAUUUGAAACUCAAGAUUCCCUUCAUAUCUAUGUCAAAAGCCAUGUUUCUGCAAUUUUUUAAAAAUAGAAUUUUCCUAAAGAAGCCGUGUAACAAAAGGAGAACUCCGUAGCAUCUCCUUUUGUAGCACUGCGUGUUCUGUGGACUUUCCACUACCAUUCGUGCCUGCUCUAUGCUGCCGACAUUGUAGUGUUUUUCUAGAAAAUCCCAACCCAUGACUCAGCUUUAGUUCACCUAGACCCUCUGCCUCUAGAAAAUGAAAAAAAAUACAGGAUUUUCCUUUGGUCCAUUAGUCAUUACAGAUUACAGUCAGGGCAGUGAAGGAAACUUUAGAACUAAACUGCCUAUUUAAAGAUGUAAACAGAACUCAGAUAGGAGGAACCAGGGAACAUGUACUAUUGUGUACAUCUUGUUUACAUUUGGGAUGAGUGGUGGCAAGUGAAUAAAUGAGACCACUAAAGUUUUUUUCAAUGUUUUAAAUAUCAGGUACUCAUUGUCUUGAUUUGGGAGUUCAGGUUAACAUGACUUCUAAGGACAUUUCUUCUGAAAAAGAAGAGAAAAUGAACAGUGAAAGAAGGUGGUGGGGAAAUCACUUGACUUCACCUGUUACUCCAUGUUAUGUUAUGAUAGGGCCACCAUCAGGACACCCUCCUCCUAGCGUGACUGUUCCUGAGUUGAGAGCUAACUCUAGAACAGUCACUCGGCGCACUUUAAUAAUCUGGGCUCUCAGCCCCAGAUUAUACUUUAGAUACUCUGUGGUAUCUAAUCUUUAUGAUCAGUUCAAUGAUCGGUGUUUAAGUCUAGAAAUAGUGCUUUCCUGAAAAUGUUUAUAUUUCAUUGCUAUUUCCUUAUUGCCUGCUAGCCAAAUGGAAUUUGGGCAAGCAACUGUUUGAAUCCUGUUUUGCCCUAAUAAUUUACUUUUAUCCUAAAAACCGUAACUGUAAAUAAGCAAUCGAAGCAAGUUGCCAUCUUGAAGUUAAGAGGGACACACUUGGCUUCAUCAGUAUUAAAAACCACGGUACUCUUAUUUUGUCUUUUUAAAUUCAGACAUUUUCUAAAUGUGGUACUUUGAACCUCGAAGUAUUUACACGUUCCUGUUUAAAACUGUGACUUAUUAAUGUAAGUCUAGCUAGUAGUGCUUUUUUUUGUUGUUUCCCUGAGCAUAAGCUAUAUUUUAAGAUAUACUUUGCCAAUUAUGUUAUUGGUGAGUAAUUGUUUUUAAAUUAUAUUGUUACUAGGUAGCUAUUUUUAAAGACCAUUGGCACACAAUCAAAGUUGUUCUAUAAAUGAUUAUAACUGAGCAAUGCAUUUCUCUAAAUGACUUGUAAAAAUCAAUUGGUUUUAUUAAGAAACAGUUCUAGUCUGCAUUAACAUAGGUUAUUCCUGGCUUAUUUUAAAGACAAGUUUGAAAGAGUCCUUUAAAUUUAUGAGCUUGUAGAUUCCAGAAAGUACACUGAUUUAUAAAUCUGAAGGAAUUUAACCAUGUAAUAAGUUUCUUAUUGUUGAAUUUCAUUCAGAUUGAAAUUUCCUUUUAAGAGUCUCUGAAACGUCUACCUGAAAAGGACAUGUGAGCAUUGCCAGGUACCACUCAUACUCUUAGUGGGGGGUUUAGUCCUCUGCUAUUUUUUUCAAGGCAAAAGAAAUAUUCUUAUAUUUAUAAUGUCAAAUCCCUGAAUAUGAGUGUUUUUAAAGAUCAUGACAUUGCCAAAGGGACUGAGGCUGUGCGAGUUCGUAACUAUGAAUUCAAAGGAAAGAGUUCAGUCAUCUAGUUAUUUUCUUCACACGACACUUUUAAACAGCCAGUUGACUGGAAUUAACCAGCGUGGCAAAGCCUAAAAAGAAGUAAUGUGAAAUUAAAUUAAUUUCCUUUGCAAGUCUUUUGAAAUAAGAGACCAUGUCAGUAGGACCCUAGAUAACCAAGGUACUUGCUUCCAAGGGCCUCGUUCCCCUGCUAUUACUUAUGAGUACUUUGAUUUUUACUACCUGAUCUGCUUUCUCUGCCUUUUCCACAUUUGAAAAAAUACAUGGCAGCUCACUUCAUCCUAAAAACCUGGAAGCCCCAAGAAGAAAAGAAAACCACGACACAGAGAAACUCUUGCCAUAAAUGCCAGUUCUGCUUCUUAGCUUAGCCAUUUCCAUCAGUUGAAAUUGGGGUGAUCUGUUACUUGUUUUAUUGUUGUUGUUUGUUUUGGUUUUUGUUUAGCUUUAUUGUUUUAAUAUUCAUUUAAUAAGAUGAUGGGCAGUAGCAAAGUUUUUUACUCCCAGGAAUAUAAUUUAUCAAAUUGAAUAAUUUUAUUUGCCAAAGAGAUAUGUUUAUAAUAUCAUGGGUAAUGAUUAAGUGUCAAACUAGGCUUUUCUUAUAAUACAAAAAAGUGAUGAAUGCUGUGGCUUUUGUUUCUGAUUUUGAAGCCUAAUUUCAUUCAUUUAUCAGAAAGUCUCAUUCAUGCCAAGUUUUAGAAAACAGAUUUUUCUUAAAGUGAAAAGCACCUUUAAUUUGUUCUAACGGUACAUCCUAUAAAGACAGAAUGCAGCAGAGCUUUUUAGGUGUCAUUAUGCUAUAUGAGAAAUACAGGACUCAUUCUAGAGUUAAGUUACCAGCCUUGAUUGAUAUGAUUUGCUUCCUUUUUAUAACUUGGAGAUUAAUAUGUUGCUAGUAAAUAUUGGUUUUUACAGUGUCCAGUUUUAAAGUGUAAGUUAUCAAAACUUAAUGUAGUGAAUUUGUGUAACCAUGUUGUAUUAUUGAGAAUGUAUUUUUAUUUAAAUUUUAUUUUCUUAUCAAGAGUAUUAUAAAAAUUAAAAACUUUUGUAACUGUCGCUUGGAAGUAACUCAAAUAAAUUACAAGAAGCUUGUCCAUUC